UAAGAUGCCAUUUAAAAAGCCCGGAACUAAAUGCAGCUGUAAACAACCGAAGCGUGCCCUUGUAGAUACCAUACAGUUGAGGUUUUAUAUACAUUUCAAGAGUACACUUUUUAGAAUAUAUAUAUAUAUAUAUUUGUGCUACAGUCAUGCCGACUUCCCCUGUGAAGACACGGAUUCCGCUGACAAGUUUUGGUCAUCUUAUAAGCGAAGUGAAGAGACAGCUCUUCGGGAUUGAAGCACCAACCCCAACUGAACUGACUGGAUGGAGGAAACAUUUCAACAGCUACACAAUACAAGGACGCAGAAAUUUUGUUCUUGCCACAUAUGGUAUUCUUGCACUCACAGCUGCUGCCUACAUGCUGAGACGCAGCAGCAGGAAGGAGGAACAUGAAACAGCAUCUGCCUCCUCAUAAACUAAAAUGGAAAGUUUGGGGGGUUAAAAAUACAAUAAAUAUUUAUGAUCACUAUAGAUGCGAGGACUGUGGUUAAUGAAGUUUUAUUCUCUACAUGUCACCUGCCAGAUGUUUUCUGUCUUUAUCACACAUACAUAAAAAAAUGAUUAAAGUCGCAGUUGUUUUUCACCCAUUAGUCAUUUGCCAGUAGAGUUCAGUGUAAGCUUAUUGUCAAGUGCAUUUCUUAGAAGCGAUUUGCUUUAUCUGUUCUAAAGGCAAAUUGGGUGGUUAUUUUACAGAUGUUGAUUUUAGGUUAGUGAAACUAGGAGGGAUGGGGGAUGUUUUCCUGUAAAAUGAAAUUUUCAGAAAUAACAGUGCUGUUGUAAUGUAUCUUUUUUCUUCUUUUUGUUUCAUUUCAGUUCAUCAUGGUCGGGAUCAUUCUGAAAGUGAAGCUUCAUUUAAAUCCUGUUUUAACCUACAAUAUUCUGUUAUUAUGGCAAUCAACAACCCCUUUCCUUUAACAACCCAAAUUUCUGCCGUAUGAUUUUUUUUUAAACUCUUUUUGACAGGAUGUACUGUACAAAUAGUUGAUAGAGUUAAUGUGCUAAAGUGAAACUAAAAUGAAAGCACACCUGAAUACAGAUUGGGGGGGGGGGGGGUAUGACAUACAAAGAAAGGCCAGUAGCAAAGAGCCAUAGUAAUUUCUCUGUUGGUGAAUAUGCAGGCGCUGUGUACAUCAGGCAGUUGAUGUCAGUGGCACGAGAGUUGAAUUUUUAUUUUUAUUUAUUUUUUUUAAAUUUGGGGCUCAUUUCAAAAGGAAAACUGCUUCAAGUGGAAAUUUAUGUUUAUGACUCAUCUGCAGUAAAGUGCAAGGCUGCUGAAUCAUUCAUCUAUGCUUUGGGAUCAUGGAGGGAUGGUAUGAGUGGGCCCCGAUUCAGAAUGGUCCUGCAUAAUGACUCUGAACAUACAGUUGCGCCACAGGGCCCAUCCAAGCCGGCCGAGCCCCCUAAACCCUGCUCCGAGCCCCUAACACACUUUCAGCCCUUUCGGCACCAGCAGGAAUGUGACCUCAUCACCCAGGCUGUGGAUUACUUGAAACAAAGUGGAUUUUACUGGGGUCCCAUGGAAGCAGAUGAAGCUCACGCAAAACUGGCCAAACUCCCUCUGGGGAUGUUCCUGAUCCGGGACAGCAUGCAGGCAAAUGUUUUCUUCACUCUCAGCUAUCGGGCUCCCGAGGGCCCGACCAGCGUGCGGGUGCUCCUAAAGGAAGGAGGAUUCAGUUUAGCAGGAAGUAAACAUACUUUCUCUUGCCUUUUCCAGCUACUUGGAUACUAUAUUGCGUCCCCAAAAAAGAGUCUGACUAUGCCGUAUCGUGGAGAUGCGCCGCAGAGCCUACAAGAGCUGGCAAGAAGAGCUGUGGUACAGAGUUAUGGUAAAGAUAGUAUUCACCAACUGCCUGUGAGCAAGAAACUUAAAGAAUUUCUAUGGUUGUACCCUUUUAGUAUAUGAAUGUGUGUUGUUUAUUUGAAGUUGAAGUUACAGAUGAUGCAGCUCUUUUAACAUAGCACCAUUUAUUUGAUCAUUUCAUAGGAUACUGUGCUUUUCAUUGACCCAACUAGAACAUUUAUUUACUAUUUAUGUGUGUAGUGAUCGUUCAGACUAUUCUCUGGUAAUAAAAGCACUACAAAAUGUUUUAUUUGACAUAACAGCACAACUCCACCUUUGGCCUUCGAUUGUUUUAAAACAAUCUCUCUGGUACCGGGUCAGUAUGUAUUUGUGUUAAAUUAAUUUUUUGACAAUGUAGUUACUUAUAAAUAGUAUUGUUUGUCUUUAUGUAUAACGGUAAACCACUGACCAACUGGUGAACAACUGAACAACUGGUGAUGUCAAUAUCAGUGAACAUUUAAUGAUGUUAUAUUGGUACAUACUGUAGACUAUAUACAAUAUGUGGACUUUAUAAUCCAUAGUAUGUCAAUUAGUCAUUCUGCUAUGCAGAAAAAUGCAUUUCACCAAAUAAAACCAACGUUUUAUUUGUUUGUUUAGGAGUUUAGGAUUGCUUUUUAUUAAUAAAGAUAAAUUAUUUGAUGUGA